AUGGCUACAGCGGAGCGCUUGGUUCGCUCUUGGAUGGCAUCAGAGAAGGACUCUGAGGUCGACGAGAGCGUUGCUGGAAUAUCAAGUGGACAGUUAACUUUGUUGGAUAUUAUAAGGGCUCUUGGUGAAUUCUUAACAUCUGAGGAAGAUCGCUUGCGGACGAAAGGUGUCGAGUUUCUCUCGUCUGUUCUUGGACGAUGCCCACACGAAAGGCUCAAUCGCCAAGCUGUCCGGGUGCUCACCACUUUCUACUGCAGCAAGCUUGAAGAUCUUGAGACCAUCAUCCCUGCACUCAAUGGUCUCUCUUACCUUGUCAAGUUCCCUAACAUACAGUCGACUGAGGUGAAGGAUAUUCUCAACGCUAUAUUCGCCAAUGUCAAAAUGAGAGCCCUUGUGCAGUCCACUCGCUUCUUCGUCUUCUCAGUCGUUGAUUCCUUGAUCACCGGUCAUCGAGAUACCCUCAAGGAGAUGGGAAAUACUUUCCUUGCGGGAUACGUUAACCUUGCAGUUGGAGAGAAAGACCCUCGAAAUCUUAUGUUGGCAUUUGCCAUCGCUCGAGUCGUACUUGUGGAAUUCGAUACUUCUUCUCAUACUGAGGAUUUCUUUGAUAUAACGUUCUGCUACUUUCCUAUCACCUUCCGGCCACCACCCGAUGAUCCCUAUGGCAUCAGUGCAGACGAUCUGAAGCAAUCUCUUCGACUCUGUCUGAGCGCAACUCCAGCCUUCGGUCUACUUGGAAUUCCAGUCUUUCUUGAAAAGCUCACUGCUGGAUCACCCUCAACCAAGCGAGACACUCUUCAUGCAAUGGCCAUUUGUCUUCCGGUCUACGGAUCUGCUGUGUCGCACGAGUUUGGGAAGAAGAUGUGGAGCUCUCUCAAACUUGAAAUUUUCCAACCGACUGAUCCAGAUACCGAACAAUCAGCCCUUGAUACACUUCAGGUCCUUGUUAGAACCAUUCAUGCCGAUAAAUCUCAAGACGCAGUAAGCGAGGACUCUAUCACGGGCCUCGCACGAGACAUGUGUAACGAGUGCAUGCAAGCGUUGAAAGAGCCCGAGAAAGCCCAAGCAAGAGCCGCAAUGAAGGUUAUAUGUGCCUUUGCAGGAGCUGAUACACCGCUUUCUAGUUUUGCAGUCUCGCGAGCCGCUGAGCUCCUCAUCAGAAGUUUCCAUGACCCAGAUGAGGUGUCAAACCGGGCACCAGUGGUUAUGUUACUCACGGAGUUGAUCGACGCCUGCCGGGGUGACGCCACGCAUGCCUCCGUUCCUCAGUCUUCUAGCCCAUCGUCUUCCCCACUCAUUGAUUCGAAGGAUGCCCUCCUUGGUCUCCUCAUUGUCAGCCUGAAAGCACCUGCGACAUGCCUGCCAGCGCUGCACGGUAUAACCGCACUUGUGCGCACUCCCAAUGUAGUAGCUGAUGAUGAGCUUGGAUACAUAGUGCUUGAGGUAAGCGAGCUGCUACGCAAGGAGGCUGACGAAGUAGAAGAUGUGACCAUGGACACCCUUGCCCUCCUUUCUGUCAUCGCUGGCAUUGCGCCGCACCAUCUAUCGUCGCAGACGCUCCCGAUCCUUUUUUCCUCCCUCCCAGAUGUUACUCCAUCUAGGGAUGCCACUGUGCAGCGCGCAUUAUACUGGCGGGCCCUUUCGUCACUCAGUGCCCUUUGUGUGCAACCACAACUUUUCGAGAUCCUAGUUGUCAGGCUCAUCGCUAAACUUGACCUCCUCUGCGCAAUCUCGCCAACUCGGACAAUUGAACAGGAGAGCACAGCUGCGUAUGCCCAUGCAAUUCUCACCGCACUCGCAAAUACACUCGAUGCCAAAGUCUCUUCGAAAGACGUAGAUGUACCCAAGUACGCCGAGCAGUUAUUGCCGCACAUGUUCAAAUUGUACUUGGAUGCCGCCCUAGCAAGCUCGGAGGUGGUGGCUGUCGCUGCAGAUCCAAGGCUAUUGCAAGUUGGGGCGAGGAUUAUCAGGCUUGUGAGUCAGACCUUGAACACUGCACGGCAAGAGAAACUUGUUGCUGCUGUGUUUGCCGCCUACACGCAAGGUGACGUGAAGCUGAUCACUAGCGGUCUCUUAAACUCGACCACAUCAUUCGCACCUCUCCAUUUCAACGCCAGUCCCCGACAACGGAACAGUUUCACUCUUUUCUCUUCUACCAUUGUCUCAUUACGCAAGGAGGUCCGCAUGCCUGUCGACAACUUAUCCACUUUCCUCUCCGAACUGGUCGCAUGGAGUGACAACCCAUCUAGUACAGUAUUCCAACGAGAAGCUGUAUUGCAUGUUCUCGCGUCCAUUGUCAACAAACAUGUUGACGAUGCACCUGACUUUCUGUCAUCCCAGCUGGAGAGCUACUCGUUAUCAACGCUUAAAAACACGAAUAUCCCGACGGAAGCACGAAAAAACGCGAUCAGCACCUGGGUUUCCGUCACAAGGGCGCUCCUUGUGCGCUCACAUCCCUCCGCAAACGCAUUUAUUGACCACUUGUUCGAGCUUUUGGACGACAGCACAGUCAAUUGGGACGCGGCACGAGCGAUUGGCUUGCUUGCAAGCGAAGAUACCGUAUUGACGAAGCGCAAUAAUGCCGUUCUCAGGAUCCUACAUGUGCAGAAGUACUUCAACGCAGUGAUGCCCCGGUUGCUAGAAGGAGCCAAGGGGUCACGAACAGAUACUGCAUAUUUGGUUGCUUUGGCGUACCUCAUCAAUGCUGUACCGAAGGCGGUCUACGUUACCCAGAUGCCCUCACUCAUGCCUAUUCUACUACGCGGACUCGACCUCGUUGACCCAUCCAUUCGUUCACACAUUAUUAACACACUAUCAAACAAUAUUGACAUUACAUCCGCUGAUAAGGAUGCUGUCUCGAUGUAUGCGUCGACUCUGGUGCUUGCCAUGCUUAAAAAUAGCAUGUAUUUGGAAAUGCCAGAUCCUGGAGUACGCGCAGCGGCGCUCAAAUACUUGGCAUUGCUGCCAGGCACUGUACGAUAUGAUUUACUGCAUCCUUAUAAGACGCGUGUAUUGAAGGAGUUGGCAACGAUUUUGGAUGACCCUAAGCGUGCGGUGAGGAAGGAGGCGGUUAUCGCAAGGACGAACUGGUCAGUUUCUGUGUGA